GGAAUUUUAAAGAUCUUAUUAAGUUUUUAGAGAAUUUUUUAUAUUUAACAUGUAUCAAAUAAAAAUAAACAUGUUAGUAAGUACAUUGAAAGUGCCAGUUGCCCAGUGGUAAAAUACCUUGUCAUUUGACCAACCAACCUGGGUUUACAUAUUUUUAAUUUUAAAUUUGUUGACGGCGUGGUAUUUUUCUAGUCAGCCCAAAAUUUCAUGUUUUUUUUGGCAAUUCGUGCAAAGUUCAUGUUUUUUUGGCCGAAUUCUCCUUAUCUAAUAUAAAUGUAAUAAUAAAGGGAAACGGAGGUUGAUCGGAGAGGAGACUCAUCGACCAAGAAGAAGGAAACGAUGCCUUUGAGUGCGACAAUGGUGGGAGCUUUGCUGGGUCUGGGUACCCAGAUGUACUCCAACGCUCUCCGCAAGCUCCCUUACAUGCGCCAUCCGUGGGAGCAUGUGGUGGGUAUGUGACUUGGUGCUGUGUUCGCGAACCAGCUUGUGAAAUGGGAUUUGAAGCUUAAGGAAGAUCUCGAGGUCAUGCUCAAUAAGGCUAGAGCUGCCAACGAGCGCCGUUACUUCGAUGAAGAUCGGGAUUAAUUUUUGAGUGAUCUUUUGAAGUCUUCAGAAAGGAAGUAUAUUCUCCUCUGAAGUUGUAUCAAGUGCUUGUUUUGUUUGUGAUCUUCCCUGUAAAAGCUUUUCUUCUCCUUUUUUUUCUCUUUGGCUUCCGCAUUAAGCUCUUUCAUUCAGUGUUUUUGGUUAAUAAACCUAAAAGAUUUGUGGUUUCACAAUCUGAAUCAGUUAAAACUGUUUGUACCUGGCUAAUAAUUUCGAA